CAUUCUCACUCUCUCUCGCACACUCAUCCAUAAACUGCAUUGCGAUUACUCAAUGACUCAAAAAACGAUGGACAGCGUGUUCAUGAAACAGAAGAAGUUCAUCUACCACUAUAGGAACCUGCGCUGGGCUUUCGGGCGUCAUGAGACUUACUUGUGCUACAUUGUGAAGAGGAGAGACAGCCCCACUUCUGACUCCUUAGACUUUGGAUUCCUUCGCAAUCGUUCCGGCUGCCACGUCGAGGUGUUGUUUCUGCGCUAUAUGAGUGCUUGGCAGAUCGACCCUCGUCUCAGUUACUCUGUCACCUGGUUCUGCUCCUGGUCUCCCUGUUUCGGCUGCGCGCUCCACCUGGCUCAGUUCCUGUCUGAGCACCCCAACUUACGCCUGCGCAUCUUCGCGGCCCGUCUGUAUUUCUGCGAGGACAAGAAUUCGGAGCCUGAAGGACUGAGGAGACUCAAAGCUGCAGGGGCGCAUAUUGCAGUCAUGACCUUCAAAGACUAUUUCUACUGCUGGCACACGUUCGUCGCCAGUCGAGACCGUGCGUUCAAAGCCUGGGAGGGGCUCAACGCAAACUCCAUCCGACUGGCUCGACAACUCAGACGCAUCCUCCAGCCUGUGGAUGAAAUUGAUGAUCUAAGAGAUGCCUUCAAGCUACUUGGAUUUUGAAAAGAGCAAAUUUGUCUACAGUGUACAACAGCUGUGACUUUGAAAUGAGGAACUUCAAGUUAGUUUUAAAAAAGGCAAUUUUAAUAUGUGUAACAUUGCCCUUACUACUUCAUGGUGUUUGCAUUCAUUCCGAGCCACUCUGGAUUUUGUGCUCUAGUGUUGAGUUAUAAUAAUUUUUCUCUAAAUCUACCUGGCUUUGAGCUUGCUUGAAGAAUCAUAAUUGCUGUGCAUUGACCAUGCUUUAUCAUUGAAUUCAAAUAAUCAGUUUAAUAUAAAAAAAAAACACAUGUCUUAAUAUUCAAUACUGUAAUUAAUUACCAAGCAUUACAUUGUUGUACUCACAGCAAUAACUGAAACAUAUUUUAGGGCAAGCAUUAUUACAUUUUGCAUUAUUUUUUUUAUAUAUAUAUUUUUUAUUAUUAACAUCCUGAGAAGAUGGUGCUCAUUGUACUAAAACAAAACAAUUUUCAAAUAAAAAGCACUUC